UCCAAAGAGCACGAAUUGUGGAGCUCAUAGGUUAGUUUAGUGAUCGUAAGUUCCAGGUCACGAUACGCGUAUUUAGCAGGUUAUUUGUACACUUAACAUCACUCUCUCGGUUUCCAAUUAAGCUUUUUUCCUUUCUUUUUUUCCAUUUAUCGUUUUUUUUGGUUACUUGUAAAAACAGACAUCAGACACUUGUAUCGGAUACCUGCUCUGGUCCUGUCUGCUGUUUUGGCAGACCAUGAGGAAAAUGGCUCAUUUUUUAUCAACGUGCAUACUUAUUUUGAUAGCGUCUCACCUGGUCGACUCGUCCGGUGUGUUUGAGCUGAAAGUGCACUCGUUUACCAGCCCUGGAGGUGUAUGUAAGAACUCGCAGAACUGUCUCAUCUUUUUCCGUGUGUGUCUCAAACACUCUCAAGAUGUGAUGUCGGCUGAUCCUCGGUGCGCCUACGGUUCCGGACGCACAGCCAACCUUAGCGCAGAUCCGAGCGCCAUCUCCAACAGCGCACCUAUUAAAGUAAACUUCACUUUCAAAUGGCCGGCAAGGUUUUCCGUGAUGAUUGAAGCUUGGCAUGCAGACUCCUCAUCAGAAGAUCAAAGCAACCCGAUCAGCUUCCUAGCCACUAAAGGGGGUGUAACAACUGGGGAGAACUCUGUGCAGGACGAGCGGUUCGGGGAGAAGAGUGAACUGCGUUACUCUUACCAUGUAAUGUGCGACGAGUUUUACUACGGAGAAAGCUGCUCGGAUUACUGCCGCCCGCGCAACGACACCUUCGGCCACUACACCUGUGACUCGACCGGACAGAGGAUCUGUUUACCUGGCUGGAAAGGCGAAUACUGCACCGAUCCCAUCUGCUCGCCUGGCUGCAGUGAGAAGAACGGUGAUUGUAAGACCCCUGGAGAGUGCAAGUGUCGCCUCGGGUGGCAGGGCCCCCUAUGCAACGAGUGCCAGCAGCACCCUGGGUGUGUGCAUGGAACCUGUGACCAGCCGUUUCAGUGCAACUGCAAGGAAGGCUGGGGCGGCCUGUACUGUAACGAAGACCUUAACUUCUGCACCAAUCAUAAACCUUGCAAGAAUGAUGCCACAUGCACAAACACUGGCCAGGGGAGCUACACCUGCACCUGCAAGCCUGGCUUCAGUGGUACCAACUGUGAGAUCGAGACCAAUGAGUGCAACAGCAAUCCAUGCAAGAAUGGCGGCAGCUGUAACGAUUUGGUGAACGACUACUCGUGCACAUGCCCCCAGGGUUUCUAUGGAAAGAAUUGUGAGGUUAGCGCUAUGACCUGCGCAGACGGACCAUGCUUCAACAGCGGAACAUGUGUGGAGACAGAAACUGGAAGUUACUCCUGUCGCUGCCCUCCUGGAUACAUGGGCUCCAACUGUGAGAAGAAAAUUGACCGCUGUAGCAGUGACCCCUGUGCCAACGGAGGCCAGUGUCUAGACCUGGGUCACAGAGUUGUGUGCCAAUGUCGCCCCGGCUUCAAAGGACUGCGUUGUGAGAUAAACAUUGACGAGUGCGCCCGUAACCCGUGUCGCAAUGCGGGCACCUGUGUGGAUGGCAUUAAUGACUACACAUGCAGGUGCACGUUGGGCUUCACAGGCAAGGAUUGCAACAUACGUGCUGAUGCAUGCAGCUUUCUCCCCUGCAAAAAUGGCGGCACAUGCUACACUCACUUCAGUGGGCCUGUGUGCCAGUGCCCUCCAGGAUUCAUGGGUUUGCGCUGCGAGUACGACCAGCUACCCACAAAUCCUCCUGCUGUAUCUAGUUUCCCCAUAGCCCUGGCCAUCUCCUUUACUCUGGGCCUCAUCACCUUGACGCUGGUGCUGUGUGCUACCAUCAUCCUCCUCAAGCAGAUGAGACGUGGCAACAGAUCUAUGUUUUCUGCAGUGCGCAAUGAUCUGGACACCAUCAACAAUCGCAACUCAGUGAUCUCUAACACUCAGUCCAGCUACAAAGAGAAAGAAGCUUUACUCAUCCCUGGUGGCCUGUUCAAGGUGUCCAACAAGGAUGCGGAGCUUAGCUCUGGCAUCAUGGAUACACUUUGUAAAGAUAACAACAAGCAAAAGAUGUUGGAAUAUAAUCUUGCCAAAGAUGAGAAAAAUACAAAAGAUAAACUAGACCUGAAAAACUCAGAGUCUUCUAUAUUAGUUCCUCCUUUGAGCUUCCCUAAAGGUGAUUUGUAUCAUCCUGUAUACAUCAUUCCUGAGCCACGUGUUUUUGCUACUGAGGUUUAACAGUAUUGUAUAAACUGGAGCACCUCAAUCAACAUCAGGCCUCGUCUGAACAUGUUUACAAGCGUUUAAAGACCAGUUGAAGAGACUAUAUAUAUAUUACAUUGACAUAUUUAAUAUUUAUUGCUGCUGCUCAUAUGAGAGGACUACUUUUUGUUUUGGAUGAUGUUGCGCUGGCAACAGAAGAGAAGAGCUUUAAGAGGGGUGAAAUUGCAUAAUUUGCACUACAAUUUAUAUAUAGGUAUAUAUACAUAUAUAUAUAUUGAACUUUUAAAAAGAAAAGCAAACUUUGCAGAACAAAGGAAAUGGAUGGAAAUUAAUCAAAGGAUCCUUAAUCACAAAAAAGGCAGGACCUUUUCUCUCCAUAUGCCUUACUAUGGAAAACAAAAAAACUAAAUGGUGCGUCUUAAUCAAGAAGAGACACUUUAUACCAAAUGAGGCCUUGCAUUCAGUCAGUCAAACCUUAAGAGGCAAUGUAAAUGUAGUGGAACAAUUCAAGAGGCUGACCAUGGAAUAUGAUGUGGAACAAGCAAAAUGAGGAUCUGCCUGAGGACUUGUAAUCAAACCCAAGACAGCUGCUACAGGCAGGGUGAACACUGAACACUGUUCCUGGGAAGUGAUCUAAAAUAUUGUGUAAUCAGGAUCUGUUACACAACAUCUAAUGUCUUUAAUGGCCUUGACUAUCAGAGAAAGCAAAGUCAAUCCAAAUAAGUACCUAAUCUUAAAUGCUGUGCCUGAAUGAAGAGGUACUUCUUAGAAACCCUGACUUAUAUUUGUAACAGAACUUGUCAAAGGAGAUCUAGACAUAUAUUUGAGGUAUGCAGAAUAGUAAUAUUUGUAUAGCAGGGUUUGGUGGAUAAAAUUUUUAAUUUUUUUUUUUAAAUGUACAGCUUGCAUCUCGCCGCUGUCCACAAUCAGUAAGCUAUUUACUACAUUCCCAUGACUUAAAAGAAGCAUUUUGUUUAGGCAAAUAGAUUCAUAGUUGUUAAGAUGUCCUGGUUUGUUGAUGUUCUGCAUCGGGGUCUUUAAAAAGACUCCACUAAAGAGGCUUUUUUUAAAAAAUAUAUAUUUUUUCACUUUAUACCAAAUAGACAACUUGUUAUAUGUUAUAUUCAUAUCCUUCUUAAUUUAACAAUGCAGUGUUGUACAGAACCUUGAGAUGUUCUUACUAUUUAAUUUGUAAAUAAUUUGUAUUUAUGAACAGAAUUGUAUAUAUGUCAAUGUUAUAAACCUAUUAUCACAAAGUCAGAAAUA